GGGUUCCCCAGUCGUCUGCUCAGCGACCAGGGCAGGGACUUUGAGUCUAAGACGAUCAGAGAACUCUGCACACUGAUUGGAGCAGACAAAGUUCGUACCACCCCGUACCAUCCCCGGGGAAACCCAGUGGAACGAUUUAACCGGACCCUCCUUGGUAUGCUAGGGACCCUGGAAGAGAGAGACAAAUAUCAUUGGAGAGAUUUUGUCAAACCUCUGGUCCACGCAUACAAUUGCACGAGAAACAGUACAACAGGCUAUUCGCCUUACGAACUAAUGUUUGGUAGGCAGCCCAGACUGCCAAUUGAUCUUGUCCUGGGAAUCCAACCUGAUAUGGCAAGUCACAAGACCCACUCAGAGUAUGUCAAGGGCCUUCGUCAACGCCUACAGGAGAGCUACUCAUUAGCUGCUAAAAAUGCCAAGAAGAUGGGAGAGAAGAACAAGGCUAGGUUUGACAGGGAGGUCAGGGCAGCUGAACUCUUAGAAGGGGAUAGGGUCUUAGUGAGAAAUGUGAAUAUCAGGGGGAAACACAAACUGGCAGAUCGGUGGGAACAGAAAAUCCAUGUUGUUGUCAGACGGAUUAGUGACAGUCCUGUUUAUGUAGUCAAACCUGAGACAGGGGAGGGGUCACACCGUACGUUGCAUAGAGACCUUCUUUUGCCGUGCGGGUUCCUACCUGUAACUGAGAUCAGAGAGCAAAGUUCUUCCACUGACGCAUCGAGAAAGAUGAGACUGAGGGGCAAAACAACAAAAGGCGUGCAAGGGGACACUGAUUGUCAGGAGGACGAGUCGUACAGUGAUGAAGAUGAACUGUAUCCUAAUACAUGGAUGCCAGAAAUCAUCACGAAGAGUCCUUUCCUGCAGAGGGAAGGAGGCUUCAAUGAGCCUCAGCCAGUUUCCAGGGUAUUAAACCCAGACACCCCUUCUUUUGUGCCCCAAAGUUCCACACACUUACCUGAAAGACCUACUCACGAGCUUCAACCAGGAACUCCUUAUGUUAGCUCUGAGAAUAGUGGUUCAGUUACACAUCCUACUUCACACUGUAGGACUCCGGACCAUAUUGUCAUUGAUAUUCUUGAACCUGAUGUGACACAAAUCUCACCUGAUGAAGAGAACACAGAUCUCAUCACCACAGACCCUGUAGUUGCAGACACUGACAAUGUAGUAUCUGAGAGUCAAGAGUCCGAGAUCGCAAGUGUCCGGCGUUCUACUAGGGAGAGACGUCCGCCUCGGAAACUCACCUACGAUGAGCUGGGGGAGCCUUUAACCUUGGCCAUUAGUUCAUUCUUUCAGGCUUUAGGGGCUGCUAUUUCACAUGUGUCUGUACCGGUAGGGGCAGGUAUGCAUGCUGGGACUCAUGUAGUCUAGAGGGGGAGAAUGUAACCCUGGUAAGAUUUACAGCAAUCAGAAGUACAGGGUUCUUUGAAUGCAUCGUAGUACUUGUUUGAUAGUUUAAUUUCCGGGCUUGCCCUGAAGGCACCAUCUGCAGCUUCGUGCGCGUGAAGGUGUGGUGUAGAGGAAAAAGGACGGCAAGGAAAAACUCCAUGCUGCCGCGGAGCACGGUUUUUUCCAGUUGAAAGAGAGAAAAGAGGUUCAAUUAACAUUUGUGAGAGAGCUGUCGUUAGCGGUGAACCACAGACGGGUACCUACCUGAAAGGAGUCGGAGUAUUUCUUCGAACUUUUUGAAC